AUUAUAUCUAUCCGGAUUAUAAUGGCGCGCUAUACGAUGGUCAAAGCGUGAAUUGACCUGUAUUUCCGAGCGUUAGCUCGGAAUCGAGAAUCGAGACGAGCGUAACAAUGUGUACGCCGGUGGGAGGCCGCCCCACCUUUCAUUCGACUUUGACAGUUCCAUUAUGGUAUCGAAGCUAACGGCAAAGCAGAACGGGCGUAGUUGAUGAUCGUGAAUCAACGCGCGCACCGGCUCGUCCUGGAGAUCCGUUGGAUACCCAUCGAACGUGUAUCCUCUCUAUAUAACGUGAUUCCUUCGGCACUUGCCAGUCGACCAAAGAAUGCCGCCGUUAUAACUUAUUUGCGAAUCGAGAGUUAAACCGCGACGUGGAGAACGUGAGAAAAUGAUGACGAUCAUGAGUUCGCGACUGAUUCCUCGGAAGAACGGCGAGAAUUCUCGUGAUGAACAGUGAUGAUCAUCGCGAACACGAUGAUCGAGCCACGCAGCGACAGGGUGACGGUCUGUUCACCCCAGAGCCAGCAUCACUGUUAUCAACUAAUACGUACUACCAGAGUGCACCAAAGUUCGCGAAGCUCGAGGAUGGUGACCGUCCAGGAGAGGGUCGUCAGGUCGCGUCUUCAGUUGGGUUACUCCACGCCGACGUCGUUCAUCAAUCGCUUCCCGACGAAGGUGGAGAGGCCCCUGGUGCACAGCAAUUCAAAUCAGGUCCAUCACGGCAGCAGCAUGCACGGCGCCUACUCAUCCGGUAGCCAGACGUCCUUGUCGACGACGUCGUACAUCACCGGCCAGUCUUAUAUGCAGAACCAGAAUUACGGCGCGUCUCCGUAUCCCUCCGCGAACGUGCAGAUGUAUCCUUCGCACGGCUCGAGCAACUACUCGCAGCCGCAGAGCUACGGUACCGUGGUGCAGGGCUUCGGCGGACAACCGCAGUCCGCUGCGUACCAGCAGAGUCAGAUCCUGAAGAAGGGCUCGGUCCGCAACGGCGACGUCCUCAAACGAUGCCGACUGCAGACCGCGUACGAGUUGUCACAGGACCUGCUCGACAAGCAGAUCGAGAUGUUGGAGCGGAAAUACGGCGGCGUGAAGGCGAGGAACGCCGCGUUGACGAUCCAGCGCGCCUUCCGAAGGUACACGUUGCUGAAGAAGUUCGCGGCGAUCACGGCGAUGGCCAAGGCGGAGAAGCGACUGAGCAGGAAGCUUCAGGAGGUGACGACAGAUCGUUCGGGCAAUCUCAACGAUCAUGAGAGAAUGGUUUACCACAGUCAGAUAUACAUUCAGCAGGCGCAGUCCGCCAACAGGCCGAUGCCGAUCCGCAGCAUGUCUCUGAGGGAGAGGCGGCACGUGGACAAUUCCCAAUCGCCGAUACCGAGGAGCCAGAGCGGCAGAUGCGAGGUUCAGGUCACCGGGCAUCAGCACACGAACCAUAGCUUGCAUCAGAGCGGCGGCAGGCACACGCCUUCGUUGGCGCCCAGCCCGUGCAACCGGCAUCAGCAAUUACCUCCGAGUCCCUGUUGGGAGUCGAGCUCCCAGGAGAGCGGUUCCAGUAUCCAUUACUACAAUCCACAGGAGGCCUUGUGUGGACUGAGACAGGAGACGCCGCCGCGAGAUCUGCUGCGGACGCCGUGUACGUCACCGUCGGCGCCGCACAAUCUGACGAUGAUAUCGCAGAGUUGGAACAACGCCAAUCAGCUUGGUCCUAGUAGAACGUCGAGAGGAGGAGGAGGUUCUGGCAAGAAGGUUCCGCCGGAGGUGCCGAAGAGAACGUCCUCCAUCAGCUCCAGAUCCAUGGAACCGCGUCACAAUGGUCUCAGUAAAAGCGUGGAGAACGGAAGUCUGAGCUCGGUGCAGAGCUCCGGCAGCGAUUCCACCAACUGCGAGAGCUCGGAAGGUGACGCUCAGAGAGGCUCACCCGUCUGGAAGCACAAAGGAAUCUCGAGUUCGCCGGAGCAUCAGGAAUGCGCGAGCCAUACUACGGACGCGACGGCGAUGGCUGCCAACGUUAAGGAGCUGGGCCACUCGCACGCCAGUUCCGGUUACCAGCUUCCUCUGAUGGACCAUACGGAGAAUCUGCCGACCCAAACGAGUUACAAGGUGUCCGAGACGGUGAGAAAGCGACAGUACAGGGUCGGCCUGAAUCUCUUCAACAAGAAGCCGGAGAGGGGAAUUAGCUACCUCAUCAGACGCGGAUUUUUGGAGAACAGUCCGCAGGGGGUCGCCAGAUUCCUGAUCAGCCGAAAAGGCUUAUCCAAACAGAUGAUAGGAGAGUAUCUCGGGAACUUGCAGAAUACUUUCAAUAUGGCGGUACUCGAAUGUUUCUCCCAGGAGCUGGAUCUUUCUGGAAUGCAAGUAGAUGUAGCUUUACGAAAGUUUCAAGCCUAUUUUAGAAUGCCCGGCGAGGCGCAGAAGAUCGAACGGUUGAUGGAGGUCUUCAGUCAACGUUAUUGCCAGUGCAAUCCCGAUGUAAUAUCAAGGUUGCGGUCAGCUGAUACUGUUUUCGUCCUGGCCUUUGCCAUCAUCAUGCUUAACACAGAUUUGCAUACACCCAAUUUGAAACCGGAGCGCAGAAUGAGACUCGAAGAUUUCAUCAAAAAUCUUCGAGGAAUCGAUGAUUGCGGCGACAUAGAUAAAGAUAUUCUGGUUGGCAUUUACGAACGGGUGAAGGAUAACGAAUUCAAGCCGGGCUCCGACCACGUGUCCCAAGUGAUGAAGGUUCAAGCGACCAUCGUUGGAAAGAAGCCAAACAUGGCGCUACCGCACAGAAGAUUGGUAUGUUACUGCAGACUCUACGAGAUACCGGACAUUCACAAGAAAGAGAGACCCGGCGUUCAUCAGAGAGAAGUUUUCCUCUUCAACGAUCUGCUCGUCGUCACGAAAAUUUUGAGCAAGAAAAAGAACAGCGUAACUUACACCUUUAGGCAGAGCUUUUCACUUUGCGGCAUGGUGGUUACUCUAUUCGAGGUUCCUCAUUAUCCAUACGGCAUAAGACUCUCUCAGCGCGUUGACGGAAAGGUUCUAGUCACAUUCAACGCUCGAAACGAGCACGACAGAUGUAAAUUCGUGGAAGACCUCAGGGAGUCCAUCAGCGAAAUGGACGAGAUGGAAACUUUGCGUAUCGAGACUGAAUUGGAGAGACAGAAGAGCAGCAGGGGCGCGCGAGGCGGCGCGGAAAAUAGAGACUCCGGUGUCGCCGACGUAGAGAUAUGCCCUUGCCCGGGCGCUUGUUCCGACAGAGCGGAGACGGUCGACGUCGACACGCAGUUGAAACGUUCCGCCCUCAGCAAUUCCCUUCUGGACAUACAUGAGCAGUUUGCUGGUGAGAAACCGCAGCGUCGUGGAAGCGUGGGUUCUCUAGAUAGCGGUAUGUCUAUUUCGUUUCAAUCUACUUCCGCCAGCUCGAUGAGCCAAGGCAUCAAGCAUCCCGGACAAGUUCAUCCUAUGCACUCAGGAGCUACGAUUCCAGGUCCCGGUGGUAAAGGACUGGCUCAGCAGCCGUCUUUUUUAGGAGGCCUCUUCGCCAAACGAGAACGAAAGCUAUCGCAAUCUGAAGAAUCUGGCCCGUACAGUCGCACUACGGAAGUAUAAUGUGUGUGCAUUCUUCCAGUAAUGUAAAAUAGGAGAUACAUCUUUGUAUACCCGUUCUAGUACGCUUUGUGUUUCUUUUCUUUAAACAAAGGCCACGACGACGACAAUUUUAAAUAGCAAUAAUUACAUUCGCAAAUUCGUUCAUAUUGAUGUAAAAUCGUUUUUUCCUCCAUUCGGGGUCUCUCGUACAUAUUUUCUCCGUGGUUUUCAAAACGGAAGAAGCAACGCACUUAAUGCAAGCAGCAAGACUGCCCCACACACACACACAUACACGCGAGAAUUCUAUUAGGAUACACAAUAGAGUAGUAUGUCGUUUUAUACAUACAAUCACGAAGCGUGCUAAAGAAUGAGAUAAUUUAAGGGCGGAUAAAGUCAAGUCCAGAAACAUAAAAAAACCCGAGGACAUCAAUUUAAACAAAGAUUGGGCAGGAUCCAAUCCAGAUUAUUUGGCGUAUAAAAAGAAAAAAGUUUACUCUACCCUUUUUCCCUCCCGUAUAAAACGCGUGUAUAGUAUUUAUUUAUUAAUAAAAAGAAAAGGAAAAUAAUGGACACUUUUCAUACUGUAUUUAUAAUUCAAGCGAUGCGCGAUUGAACGAUAGAAUUGUGUGUAGAUAAUUAUUACAUUUUGCUUAGUUUUACACAUAUUAUAUAUUAUAUAUAGAUGUUAAUAAGUAUAACAAGCUGAAGAAAAAAAAAGAAUUGUAAAUCACGCGAAUACAUGAUACACAUUUAUCGAGAGAAUUUUAACAGCGUCAUUAUAUUGUCAGCGAGUACCAUUAUUAUCAUCGAUUCUCGAGAGAAAUAUUGUAAAUAUUAAACAUAAUAAAACGUUCGAAAUAUAAAUUAUAUCGUGUGUAACAAAAAAAAAGAGUUAGAGCGCAUAAGCGGAAACGAUAAGCAAUCUCUAUCGAUGUUAGGUGCAUGUUGAUGUCUAAUGAUUUUUAUUAUCGGAAACACGUGAAGUUUGUGAAUGUAGAAGUGAAAUAAGACUCGACAUAAAUCAUGUUCAUCAUUAUAAUACGACCUACUGGUAAUCAUUCAUGAAAAGUAGUUUUGCUUAUUGUAUGUUGAAAUUUUGACUCAAAGUUGUUCGCAUUUUCACUAAAAAAAAUAAAAAAAAAAUAAACAAUUAAAAUAAAUAAUCCACCAUAAUUAAAUAUAUCCAUCAUUAAUUCGUUUCUCGUUUUCCGCGACGAGAUCUAGACGAUAGAGAUCUAAGCGUCGUAAUAAUGCGUUAUGAGAAUAAACAUAGGUAAACUAACAAAAUAAGAUACAUACGCGAAAAGCAAAAAAAAAAUAAAAUAAAAUAAAAUACAAGAACGCGCAUGCCUUAUUUACUGCCAUUGAUGAGUAAAUGUUCGCGCGCGAGGGAGAAACGAAAUAAUGAUUUUAUAUAUAUACAUACGUAGAAAGAUCGAAAAUCCAAGAGCUGUGGAAUUGUAUGACAAACUAAUCAAUCGUGUACAUAAAACGUCAGCCAGCUGUAAGCGAAGCAACGGCGUUCAUUGAUUAAUUUAACGAUAAUUUCCCGUUAUUAAGUAACGCAUCUGUAUAGGAGGAGUGUUUAAUAUAUUUAAGUUUUAUCUUCACCUCUUUAAGUCUUAUCUCCUUUCUCUUUUCUCUUGAAUAUCGAAAAUUUUAACACGUUUAAUCGAUAAUCAAAGGAUUUCUCAGUACUGUACGAGCAAGAGAGAUACAUUAAUUGAAAAUUAUAUAAGAUUUAUUGACACGAUAUGCGAUCGGUCUAAAAAUGUUCUAUGUACAAAGUUCUUCGUCUUCUUCGGAAUUUUGCGAAUGGAAAUCUUUCGCGCGCAAAAACUGUUAAUAAAUUUUUACAUGUAUUGCACGAUCAAAA